ACCUCUCACCAUCAACCCCAUCCUCACAACAAGCCAAAGAAAUUACCAACCAAUCCAAAACCCCCCAAAAAAAACAAUGGACAACGUUAAUUUUCCUCAGGGAAACGACAGAGAUUUGGGGUUGAUAGAUUUCAUGGACGAAGAGAAUUUGGAGCAGUUCAUUGAUCUGAUAAGGGGAGAGAAUGAAGAACCAAUGGGUGCCAUGUUCUUCCAGCAGGAGAGCUAUGGUUGUGAGAACAUUUCUGGGUAUUUGGCUGACGAUGGCCAAGGCUUGUUCGAGUACGACAACGUGGGCAGUUACAUGUUAAGCAGCGCCAAUGUUUCCGGAGACGAUGUCGUGAAUAUCCUUCCGACAGGGGAGAAUGAUGCCGGCGAAGUCUCGUCGGAAACCACGCCGGAGAAAAAGGGCACCAAGGCUGAUCGCUCCAAAACUCUGGUUUGUGAACGGAAGAGGAGAGGUAGAAUGAAGGAAAUGCUCUACUCUCUCCGCUCCUUAGUUCCCAACAUCACCAAGAUGGACAAAGCCUCUAUAAUAGCGGACGCUGUCUUAUACGUACAAGACCUACAAAUGCAAACCAAGAAACUCAAGGCGGAAAUAGCAAAUUUGGAGUCAUCCACCACAAAAACAGACAAAUACGAGGGAGGGACAACGUUUCUGGGUGGCAAGAAAACAAAUUUCACAAAUACACUCCCAAUACUAAAGAAAAUAUUUAAGAUGGACGUAUUUCAAGUAGAGGAAACCGGGUUUUACGUGAGAAUAGUGAGCAGCAAAGGGCAACAGGUUGCAGCCUCACUCUAUAAGGCUGUGGACUCUCUUGCUAGUCUUUUCAUCUCCAGCUCUAACCUAGCAACCGCCUCUCACAAUUAUGUCUUCACGUUUACUUUUACAGUCAGAGAAUGCGAAUCCGAUAUCAACUUGCCAAAUUUGAAGCUGUGGAUUGCAAGUGCCUUUCUUAAUCAAGGUUUUGGCUUUGAGGCAUCACUUUCAUAGUCUGCAUGUGCUUAGUUUUAAUUCGUUUGCGUACGUAAAUUGUACAUUUUUUCUUCACUUAAUUAAAUAUUGUUUUUUUUCUAUUAUAAUUACUUCUCAAGAUUUUUUUACUUUAUCACAAGACAUGACUUAUGUUAACUUCGAUUAUAUAAUGAAUUUUGAAUUCUACUCAA